GAGUGUAACUUUCUUCGGGUUCAUUACGUAGUCGCACGUUGCCGAGCGUAGAACGUAACGUACCGUGGGCUUUUUGUUUGAGGUCUUGGGAAGAUCUCUUUUUUCUCGGAGUCGAAGUAAGAGGUCGCGUAUUUUGGUCGUUGUUUCGUUGGGUGCAUGUGCGAAGUGUCGAACCGUCGCCGUCGGAAUAGCCUUCGCCCCGUGUGUCAAGUGGGUCGUCCAAAAUAGACCACCACACGCCGAUUUGCCGCGACUUGCCAACACGCGACUUGAGUCAGUUUCGAGUGCGUUUAGAGCUGAGCCGAACCGAUCCGAAACGAAGAAUCUCGUGAACAGAAACGUGAUUGUUGACGAAUCGAAAAAGGAAGAAAACCGAUAUCGGUAAAGGCCAACGUACAGUCUCGGUGCGUGUGCAUGGGGCUCUCUAGCAAAGUGGAGUGGAAUUAAUGAAAUUACAAUCCAUUUCUGUGGUUUCCAAUUGUUCAACAAACGUGUGCAAGGUGGAAGAAGGAAAUCGAGAGAAUAAUAAUACCGAUGGCCUGUGUGUGAUUGUGGAGAAGAGUGAUAGAUCGUGGAUCGUUUGAAGAAGUUGAAGAAGGACGUAAACUUGGAAGAAACCGGUUUCAAUUCGAUCUUCGAGCUGAUGUUGUUAUUCAUGCACGGGCGUACUCAUUCUUGCCGGAGCAAAUCUUCACUAACGUCAUCAUCAUCACCACCAUCAUCGUUAUUAUCGAUUAGUUGGCUCCGUACGGCAACUAGAGAGCGUUCUCCACACACGUCGACCUAGGAAGCUAGUCGAGCUGGCUGGCGCUGCUUGCUUACUGCUGCAGAUGAAGGAUAUUUAAACUAACAAAAUCCGUUCAUGAAUGAUGAUUCUAUCGCGCAGUAUUUUGAUAAAUUUUAAUUUAAGGCAGUGAAUCGUCUACGCUUUCUUUCACUGUUUCCCAAUCGGCGUGUUUCCGGCCGGCGAACGGGUUGCGAUAGUAUCGCACCCAGUACCCUAGUUUCGAAGCAGGCUUCCAGGAGACCUCCUCCAGUGGCAUAGUGAAUUAAAAAGAAGAAGAAGAAGAAAAAUACGAAGUGUGCAGCAUCGAUUUUCAACGAGCUCCACUUCCCCGAUCGACCGACGAUUGUUACACUUUAUACACCUAUAUUUAUCUAUUUAUUUUUUAUCGUGAGUCGAUAAGUGCGUGAUAAGUAAGCACAAGUUUGGUUUUAUACAUUUCAUCUACUCUGAUUACUGUGGAUCGCGUUUGGUGCGGAUCGACGAAAAAGUGUGCGUUGCAGUGUGGUGUGUGCAUUGUAGGAAAGGAAGAAAAUUAAAAGCGUCGAUCGUCUCGACAACAAGUGUGUGGUUUUUUGUUCGUUACACAAGAAGAAAAUCAAAGAUCCGAGGGGUGAAAGUGAAGUUGGUGAUAAUUUGUUGCUGACCCGACCGAUCGUCGUCGGCGCACACCACCGACAGGGAGUGGAAGAUAAUCAAAAAGUGGGGUCAGUCCGAGCUGCCGAGCAGCAGGAAGUGAUUAGCCCACGGAGAGCGCUGUGGGGCCGGUUUUUUAAGGUUCAUCACUUUGUGAGGUGCGCGGAACCGGAGCAGUUGCUGCAAUUCCCCAACUAACAACCACCUCUACCACUACCGCAGACCCAAAACAUGAAAAUGGUGUUGUCACAACGGCAGCGCGAGGAGCUUAACCAAGCGAUUGCCGACUAUCUGGGAAGCAAUGGAUACACAGACGCUUUGGAGGCUUUCAGAAAAGAGGCAGAUAUGCCCAACGAAAUCGAGCGGAAGUACGGUGGACUGCUGGAAAAGAAGUGGACCUCAGUGAUACGGCUACAGAAGAAAGUGAUGGAACUGGAGGCAAAGCUGUCCGAGGCCGAAAAAGAAGCCAUCGAGGGUGCCCCGACAAAAGCCAAACGCACACCCACCGAUUGGAUACCGAGGCCUCCGGAAAAGUUUGCCCUAACGGGUCACCGAGCCACAGUCACCCGGGUGGUGUUUCAUCCCGUGUUCAGUAUGAUGGCUUCGGCGUCCGAGGAUGCCACGAUCAAAAUCUGGGACUUUGAAACGGGAGAAUACGAACGGACACUCAAGGGGCACACCGACUCCGUUCAGGAUCUUGCAUUUGACUCACAAGGAAAAGUGUUAGCCUCCUGCAGUUCGGACCUGUCGAUCAAGCUGUGGGACUUCCAGCAGACGUUCGAGUGCGUCAAAACGAUGCACGGUCACGAUCACAACGUAUCGUCCGUGUCGUUCGUUCCUGCCGGUGAUUACCUGCUGUCGGCGUCGCGGGACAAAACCAUCAAAAUGUGGGAAGUGGCCACCGGGUACUGCGUCAAAACGUUCACCGGUCACCGGGAAUGGGUCCGGAUGGUGCGGGUCAACGUCGAUGGUUCGCUGAUGGCAUCCUGCUCAAACGACCACUCGGUUCGCGUCUGGCAGACCAAUUCCAAGGAGUGCAAGGCCGAACUGCGAGAACACGAAAACACAGUCGAGUGUAUUGCCUGGGCGCCGGAAUCGGCUGCGGCGGCCAUCAACGAAGCCGCCGGAGCCGACAACAAGAAGGGAGCGCACCAGGGACCGUUCCUCGCAUCGGGAUCUAGAGAUAAGACCAUUAGGAUUUGGGAUGUCAGCUCCGGGCUGUGCCUGUUCACACUCGUCGGUCAUGACAACUGGGUACGGGGCAUCGUGUUCCAUCCUGGUGGCAAGUACAUGCUUUCCGCCAGCGAUGACAAAACGUUGCGCAUCUGGGACCUCCGCAACAAGCGCUGUAUGAAGACCCUCUAUGCUCACUCGCACUUCUGUACAUCGCUCGAUAUGCAUAAGUCACAUCCGUACGUCAUAUCGGGCAGCGUGGAUACGACAGUUAAGGUCUGGGAGUGUCGCUAAGCACGAAUCGCUUGCGUAUUCGUAGAAAGUUUUCUUCUUUUGUACUCGAUAGUGAUGAAAUGAAUCAACACACUCACACAAACACUUGCAUACAUACACCAACUAAAGCAGAGCAGCGUAAGGGAGCAGUAGAGCGAGCGCAGCUGAGCAGCCAACCGUGUAAGAAGAGGUAAUUCUAUUUGAUAAGCAGCAUACUAUUUCAGUAACAACAACCACAUACAAGGCAAAAUAUACAUUCAUAUUCUACAUAAACGUCAAACACCUACACAUAACAAGGGUAACAGAACAUGGUAUAACUAUUACAGUUGCAGUGACUACCACAGCAAAAUACAACAACUUAAACAAAAGUAAAAUAUUCGAAAAUAAAACCAGUUUCUUUCAAACCCGCUUCAAUUCCAAACAGAAGUAACACUUAUUCAAAAACCAGCAACAAAAAACGAUUACAAAAGCUGAAAAAGUUUCGAAAGCUGUCAACCUAAAAACAUGGGACACAUGAGCAAAUUACUCCGAAACAAUAGCCGGACGAAGGCGGAUGAAAAAAAGCUAUAACAACAUAUUAUCAUAUUAUAUUCUUAUAAUUACACUAUUCCUAGAAGGUAGACAUCAUAUUUGAAAACUUUGAAGCAAGAAAAAAGCGAUGGAGCGUAUAAUUCGCGAGAUGAGGGGGAUUUGGUUGGGACAGGGCAUGACAGGCAAACACAUAACAUUCAAACACAUGGACGCAGACGGAUACGGGAACAGACGAAAACGGAAUGUCAAGUAACAUUUCUGGUUUUGGAACAGUUUUGAAGACUGAUUUCGAUCAUCAAAACCGCUAUAAAACCUAACAUGUUACUUGAAGUGGUCACGGGACUUGUUGAGACAGAUAAUAAGACGCAAACACAAAUACACACGCAUACUAACCUCUGAGAAAUCAAGGAGAACGAUUUACAAAUGGGUGCAACGAAUGUUUGUUGAUUAUUUCUCUCUUAGUCGUCGUGUCAAGUUGAUUCGUACGAUUAGCAUCGAAAAGUGCGUUGCCAAAAGUGCGUUGAAAGAAUUUCCUGUUCUUGUCGAAAUCGCUUAUAUGGAUGAGGAACAACGCCUAGAUUGCGUUUCUUGGUGAUAUAGAUUCCAUUGAUGUGUUCUUUGUUGAAGUACUAGUUUUGUAGAGGAAGACUCAUUGUUAUUUAUUAAAGGUUGUUCUAUUACAGUGGAAUUUAAUAAGUGCUCCGCGAGUCUUACAUCAACAAUCCCUCAAUUAAUGGGUCACAAGCUAGAUUUUUUUUCGAUAAUUCAUUUAGGUUGAGAUGCUUUGCACUUUUGUUAGAUGAUGCAAAGCUGUAGUAGUAAUCGAACGUCCUAAAUUGGUGUAUAGGUGGGCUAUACAUAAUGUUAAUUCUCAUUUCAAGGAGGAUUCUGGUAUGGGGGGGUCGAAGACCCCUCCUAGACACCUCUUUUCAGCACCAAAGAGGAUUAUCUGUAGAAUUCUAUUGCUUUAAAUCAACGAUGAUCCGUGUUCCAUUGUUCAAAACGAACAUCGUAAGACGCUUUUGUCGGAAUUUUGUUCUUAACUGUACCUGUUCAUUUCACAUUGAUCUUGUAAUGGUUAUUCCAAAACGUAUAAAUCGUUUGAUAUAUUGUCUAAAUAUUCUGAAAUGUCGCUAUAAAUAAUGAAAGUUGUUCAGUUUCUAUGUGUGAAACGGUAAAAAACAUGCAAAUAAUUAGAAAAUGUUGUCUAAUCUAGUACUGCUUUAUUGGCCUGGAGUACUACUGCCUCGAUGUUUUUUUUUCAUGGAAAAUAAUAAGUAAUAAUGGUACUAAAAUUGCAGAGAAAAACUAGUACCGGAAAUAUGAUGUAAUGCUUUGGUAAAGCCUUUUUGGAAUGUGUUCUAGUACUGCCGAGCAUAACCAAUGCAGCCUACUGUUUUGCGCUGCUCAGUUUCAAUUCCACUAAUCCUGCUGCUGCCAUAACCAUGCUUCGAUGGUUAGUGUGGUUUGUGUUGUGUUGAUUUUUUGUAAAUAUUAAUAUAAUUAUAUACCUACUUUCCUAGUUCAACGCUAGUAACUCUAUUCAGUGAUGGGCUCCGAAAUAUCACGUAUACCGCAAGCACCUUAGCAAAUUCGUUACAAUAACUUCUCUUCUGUAUGAAUGACCGCACUGUUUUGCCACUUCAUAGUGAUAGUAUAGAACCAGAGUAACACAACCGCUAGCCGAUAGAUUCGAGAGUACGCUUGAGACCCGCUGAGUGUGGAUAUCCGGGUGUGAUUUCAAUGCGUGCCGAGUUAAGAAACGAACAACACAUACACGUAGGAGAAAAUAAUCUUCAAAUACAUUCAAUCCAUUUUGUAAAAAGUGCAUCCAUUACACUGAAUUUCAACUUUACUGACUCACUUACACACAUCGGGGAAUACGAGUUAAUUGAGAAUUGAGCGUCUAGAAGCGAUGGUUAUUAAAUUAUUAAUUACAAUUAGAGUUAGAAUUACAUAAAGUAAAACAAAAAUAUUAGAACUACAUAGAUAUAGCUAACCGAGAGAAAAUGAAAACCAGAAAAUCUGCAUUCUUAAGUGAAACAUGUUUUAAUUGAAGAAAUGAAGAGGAAAUAACUUAUAUACAUAAUGUUGCUUUAAAUUUGAUGAGUUGAUUCUCUAUUCUAAACGUUUAAGCUUGCUGGAAAUUAAAAAUCGUAGCAACAUUGAACUGCUUCUUUACUCGAUCGUGCUGGUUUUGGAAAGGACGAUCCUCUGCUGGAAAAUGAUUAGUUUCAAUAGUCGUAGAAUGAUAGCAACGCGAAUGUAUUUUUCUAAGAAUAUUCCCAGCAGCAUGGAAAGAGACCUGUUAAUGCACCCUCGAUUGAAAACCUUGCUUAAAUCGAUACACUGUCCUAUUCUAGGUAACUCCUAGCAAAAGUGCCGCGCGCAAUGAUAGAAUCAUAGCUUUUGCUAUAAUUUUGUAAACUUUUUAUAAUUGUUUGCAACGCCACAGCAGUCCCAGUCCUCUAUUCCACUCUGUGGAACUGCAGAAUGGGUACUUUGAUUCGCUUUGAAAAAGUUCUGAUAAUAUAGUUACGGGCUAAUUAUUUUGAGUCUUUUUUAUGUUACAACAACACUUUGGCUACGAAAGAUCUACUUGCGGUGGUUGCCAAGAAAUUUAAAACCCAAAAUUUGAUUCUAAACUGGAAAAGUUUUCUGUAAUUUGAUGUAACGGAAGAAAUUAAAAAUUGUCUGAGCAAACUAUUCGAAACAUUCCCUUAAAUUAACUAAAAAGUUUCUUCAGUUUCUUCCAUUUACCUCCAACCAAAAACGCCUCACCGACAAAAGCGAUUUGAUUUUGUUUUUCAGCGUUCCAGCAAAUAAAAUUUACAAUCGUCACUAGUCGAACUUCCCAUAUGAGGCAUUUCAUACCGUAUUAUUUCAAGAUUAACAAGACUUCUAGCUUGGCAACCCCCACUCAUUAGACUUUCGCUACCAAUAGAUGAGAUUGUCAUUCGAACUUACCACCUAGACACCUUCGAAAACGAUUGACCAGAAGAACCAGCAGAACAUUAAAUUGUGAAACGAAUAUUUACUUUUAGCCGGAAGCAGCUAACGCGUAAACUUGUAGUUCUUUUGAAGAGAGUGCAAAUACUUUUAGGGUUAGGUUUUUAGCGAUGGAUGAUUUGAAAGACGAGAAAGAAAGAAAAAAAAAACGAUAAUGAAAGAGCAACCAAACGAUUGAUCAACUACUACUCAUGGAAGAAGAAUAAACUCAACUGGAACUAAGCUUUUCGGAUACGAUGAAUGAAACAUAAUAAAACUAAACACUGGAAAGGAAUGAUUGGUAAAAUCGACCUGUGAAAAAUCGAAUCACUUUAAAGAAUUUCACUUAAAACAAGCAAAAUCAAACAUAACUUACAGAAUAACAGCAAAACACAUCAAACACAAACAACAGUUUAAGAACAACUAAACAACAAAAACAAGUGGUUUAAAUACAAAACAUAUGCAACUUUGCAAACAAGCAAACAUAUUUCCAAAAAAAAUGACAACAACUGCAAAAUUAAAUCUGAUUCUAAGAUGUGACAACAGCAUACUUUUCUUUGUAAAUACUAUUGAAAAUGGUAAUAAAAUAUAUUUAAAACAGUCA